UUUACUACGAUGUCUAUGACUACACACGUCAAAAACUGUCUAAAAUUAAAGGUUAAUUAGAGAAAAAUCAUAAUUUGAGGAUUACAGAUAUUUUCUGGGAUUUUAUUCAUAUAUAUUCGUUAUAUACUUUAUUACGAUAUAGGAAACAUCAGCUCUGUUUGUGUAAGACGUAAGGAGUUAACUAUUUCAGUGUAAUAACUUUCGUAGGGCCAGUCAAUUUUACUUCGCAUCUAAAAUUUCUGCGGUGCUAAUCUAAAAGACAUUUCAAUUUUUGGAUUUAUAAGUUGAGAUGUUAUUUUGAGUUAUUACCGUCAGAAAUCGAAACAUCGGUUGUUACUUCAGCAAAACUUUCUGAAAGUUAAUAAGAUACUUCGUACGUUCAAAAAAUGGAAGCAACGACUGAUCAGAUAGCUGUAGACAAUAUUGAAACGAAUUCCACUGCGGAAUGUCCGUUCAACAACGGUUUAAGGGAUGAUACAAAUGAAGAAGUAAGCGAUGAGAGAAAGUUCCAUGUAUUGGAUGAAACCAAUGAGUCUGAUUCACCUGAAUACGACAGUGAUUCAGAUGUUCCCGAUGAGGAAGUAGAAAAAAUGUUAGAGGAAGCAUUGAAUAAUAAAAAACGAACUGCAACUGAAGCCGAAUUAGAUAAAGACAAAUCUUUUGAAGAGAAGGACAAGCCUGUAUUGAUUGAAAGGGGGCAGAAUCAUUUUGAAAUAUUACCAGAAGGAUGGAUUCAUGUUAUUCAUAAUAGCGGAAUGCCUAUUUAUUUGCAUAAAACAACUAGAGUAUGCACUCUAUCUAAACCAUAUUUUCUUGGGCCAGGAAGUGCAAGGGUGAGUUGGAUUUAAU